AUGAUUAAGCUUGCAUUGACCAUUAUUAUCAUCUGUAUACUACCUAACAUUGGCUUGCUAAUUCGUCAACUUGUCCUAUCAAGUACGAAUACAAGUUGUUAUAAGCCUAGAUGGAAGCCCUUAACUAACAAUUCAAAUUGCUACUGUCAAGGCAAUGCACUCAAAGUAAUCUACAAUAAAUGUCGACCUUGCCCUAAUGGAUCAUUUACAUUCAAUCAUUGGAUCACUUGUCGACGCUGGCUUGAUUGCAAUAUUCUUCGUGAUCAUUUAUUAGUAAAGCAACAAAUUGGUUCUGGUGCAAUUCGUGAUGUAUACUUAGCGAAAUGGAAUUCCUAUUCUGUAGCCUUAUCGAUAUUAGCUAAUCAUCAUUAUCGACCAGAUUUCAUGCAUGGUAUCUCAAUGAUAAUAUCAUUGCAAUCAUCUCCAUUUGUUAUUAAAUUUUUGGGUAUGUGUAAUCAUCAUGUAAUCACAGAAUAUCAUCCAUAUGGCUCAGCUGAUAACAUACAAACUAUUUUACAGCAAUUAAAUAUUAGUCAUAAUGCCAACAUUCGAUAUCAACUCGCUCUAGAUUAUGUUAAUAUUAUUCAUUUCUUACAUAACAGCCCUAGAGGGACAUUGGUUAUGUGCGAUUCCAAUAAUCUCAUCAAAACUCUAUCACAAUAUGUCAUUUCUCAAGAUCUUCGAAUGAUACUCAAUGAUGUUGAUGCAUUGCCUUACGUCGACCGUUUAAAUAAUCAAUUGAUUAAAUGCGGUCGUAGACAGUUAUUUGGAGAUUUUGUUGCUCCAGAACAACUUUGGCCUUAUCCAUCUCUUCCUUUUAACGACAGCCAAAUGCUUGGCUACGAUGAAAAAACUGAUAUCUGGAAAUUACCUAAAGUGACAGAGUAUAUCUUAACAAGUAAUGAUUGUCCUGUAUGUUUAACCAUUUUACAUGAGUUAAGACCAUUGCAUAAGUUAUGCCGGCUAAUAAAUCCGAAGCUACGGCCAACAUCAUCACAAAUAUUAAAAGAGUAUUAUCGCAUUAAAAAGUUUUAUACUGUGUGA